CCUCUCCCUCUUUUAUUCCCUUGUAAGGAGAUGGGGGAUGGAGCGUCGUCAGGGUUUCCAUCGACCUGCAUUCCGUAUCGAGUCCAAGAUGAUCCGAUCGAGCUCUUUCCCUUUUUGCUUCCUAAUUCUGGCUUCACUCCUCCGACGAUCGGAAUCCGCUUGCCGAAGAGGCUGCGAUCUCGCCCUUGCGUCCUACCACGUCUCCCCCAAAGACAACCUCACCUACAUCUCCAGCCUCUUCGGCGUCAAGUACACCGAUCUUGGCCCUUACAACCCCAACAUCAAGAAUUUGAACAGCAUCCGGACUGGAAGCCGCGUCAAUGUCUUCUUCCGUUGUGAUUGCAUCGACGGCGGCUUCCUCGGCCACAAUUUCUCCUACGUCGUUCUCAAAGGCGACACCUAUAACACGAUCGCCCGGGAUGUGUAUGCUAAUUUGACCACGGUUGACUUGCUUUCGACGUUCAAUAGCUAUCCAGUGACCAACGUGCCCGAUGGGGCGAUCAUCGGUGUGGUGAUCAAUUGCUCGUGCGGGGACGCGUCGGUUUCAAAGGACUACGGGUUGUUCGUGACUUACCCACUCCAACCAGGGGAGAACCUGUCAUCGGUGGCUGCCGCGAACGGGUUUCCUUCGCAGGAGGAUUUGCUGCUGAAGUAUAACCCUGGGGUGAAUUUUAGCUCUGGGUCGGGAGUCGUGUUUAUCCCUGCAAAAGAUCCAAAUGGAAGCUAUCAUCCGUUUUUGAAAACAACAGGAAUUUCUGAUGGAGCUAUUUCUGGAAUUUCUAUUGCUGGAGUAGUUCUAUUAAUACUGGCAACAUAUCUAUAUUUUCAUCUUCGAAGGAGGAAGAAGGCGAAGAAUGCCUCAUUGCUUUUGUCACCAUGUGAAGCUUACAUGUACAAGCCAGGAGUAGUUACAUCUCGAGCAGAGAGGAGUUCCACAAUUGCAGGUAUUACUGUUGACAAAUCAGUGGAGUUCUCAUAUGAAGAGCUUGCGAGGGCCACAGAUGAUUUUAGUCUGGCUUACAAAAUUGGAGGAGGUGGCUUUGGAGUUGUUUAUUAUGCUGAGCUUAGAGGAGAGAAAGCUGCUAUCAAGAAAAUGGAUGUGCAGGCAACCAAAGAAUUUCUUGCGGAACUGAAAGUCUUAACAAAUGUUCAUCACUUGAAUUUGGUGCGCUUAAUAGGAUACUGUACCGAGGUUUCCUUAUUCCUUGUCUAUGAAUUCAUUGAAAAUGGCAACUUAAGUGAGCAUUUGCGAGGGUUAGGUAGAAAUCCUCUGCCAUGGGUUGCUAGAGUGCAGAUUGCCCUUGAUUCAGCAAGGGGUCUAGAGUAUCUCCAUGAGCACACGGUUCCAGUGUAUACACAUCGUGAUAUCAAAUCGGCAAAUAUAUUGAUAGACAAGAAUUUUCAUGCAAAGGUUGCAGACUUUGGAUUAGCAAAACUAACUGUAUUUGGUGCAUCUUUGCAAACACAACUUGUUGGUACAUUUGGUUAUAUGCCUCCAGAGUAUGCACAAUAUGGUGAAAUUUCUCCUAAGGUGGAUGUCUACGCAUUUGGUGUUGUUCUUUAUGAACUUAUUUCAGCCAAAGGUGCAAUUGUGAAAACAGGUGGUUCUGUCACACAAUCGAAGGGAUUGAUUGCUCUGUUUGAGGAGGCUCUUAGUAAACCUGAUCUGAAGGAAGAACUGAGGAAGUUGAUCGACCCAAGGCUCGGUCAGGACUAUCCAAUUGACUCGGUCAUUGCGAUGGCAUGGCUUGCGAAGAGUUGCACUGAAGAGAAUCGUCAGCAGAGGCCAACUAUGAGACAAAUUGUUGUGUCGUUGAUGACACUAUCUGCGGGUAAGGAAGACUGGGACGUGGGCUCCUACGAGAAACAAGCUUUAGUCAAUCUCAUGUCUGGAAGAUGAUUCCCAUUGAUUCUUCACUACCGUCAUCUUUGUUGUAUCAUUUACCAAUAAUGAGUUCUAUUUAUGUUAUAUUGUGGCUCUCGUCUUGAAAACCUGUAUCAGUAGGAAUAUGAUGGCGAUGUAAAAGGUGGCAUCUGAUUAGUUUUUCUUUUUCUUUUCUUUUA